AUAUCUUAUGCUGAUGUGCUUCGUCAAAGGCGCGAAGCCAGAGAGCCAAAAGAAAUGCUCUCUCUCUCCAAACAGAAAAUCCAGGGAGCUGAGGCGAACCAAAAGCCGUCCUAGUCGUUAAGCCAUCAUCGAUUCUGCAGCGAGCCUUUUGGUCUUACUUUUUUCUAUAUGAAGCCGACCGAUUCAGCCGCAGCCGCCGCCGCCGCCAUGAAACGAGUGUUUUACGAAAACGGCUCUUUGUUCAUGGACCCUGAAGUCGUCGAAAUUACACCGACGAUUUUCCGACCUUACAAAUUGUUCAGAGAAAAAGAGGUUAUUCUGCAUGAUGUGAUCGAUAUAGACAAAGAUCUAGAUUCUUCUGAUGUCAUGCUCGGUAAUGAAAAAUUUGAUGCGAGUAACAAAGGGAAAGCAAUAGAAGAUGUUUCUCAUGGUUCUGAUGAUCAUCAAGCCAAGGAAGCUUUGGUCAAUUAUCUUUUGGGUGCUUCUGGUGUAGAAACCCUUGACCCAGUGAAUGGGGCUGAAUCUCCAGUGAGUUUUUCCCCCGUGUUGCAUAAUAUAAUCAACCUUGACAGUCAUGGUUCUGAUCUAUCUUAUGAUGAAAAUAAUGAUGUUUAUGUUGAUGAUUUUAUGGAUGUUGAUGAGUAUGCCAUUGUGCAAGCCCACUUUGAUAACAUGAAUAUUCCUCCUGGAAUAGAGGCACCUAUUCCUUGGUUGCCAUAUUUUGCUCAACAUAAGAAAAAGCCAAUUACUGGAGAUAGUUCACACUCUACGGGUGCUCAAAUCCACUUGGAUUCUGCUGGUACCAAUGAGAUAGCAUCAAGGUCUUCAUGGCCAGCAAAGCCUGUUCACAUAAACAGGAAUCCAAUUUCAGUGCACAGGUCAGGUGUGCAAACCAAAACGGAUUCCAUGGUUCCCUCUCCUGAAAUGGAUCUGUCUUCACCUCGGAAUCACCCACUAGUUUCCUCCGAUAAAAAGAAAUCAUCUACUUUGACGCAUAGAGGAAGUGCUCUGAAUCUCCCACCUGGUAAAGAAUCAUCUAAAUCACGCUGGUUUUUGGAGGCUUUCAAAAACAAGAAGAAGCCAGUUGCUUCAAGCAGUUCAAGUAAUUAUAGUUAUGUAAAUCAGUUUGACCCAGUCCUCCCUCCUGGAGUUGACUCAUCUAUUUGGGGACAUUAUAAGCCCGAGAUGGUAAAGACGCAAGUCGGUACAAGUACUCCAUAUUAUCCAACGUUCACAGUGCAUGGGGAUGCAUCGAAUUAUCCUCCUGGGGUUGAACCAUCUACACUCUGGCAGCCGGAGGCUUUAAAAGCUAAAAUGAUGGAGCCUUCUUUCACUAACCAUGCAGCAUACCCCGGUUUUUAUGUUCCAUUUCAUGGUUUACAUUCUCCUGAAGAAGUGGCAGAUAUCCCCUGGGUUCCGAAUUUUAUCCAAAAUCAGUCUAAUAUUGCUGAGGGUAAUUCAGCAUUUACUGUUGAGGCAAUCUCUGUCGGGGACAAAGAUGAAAAUUUCAGAAAGUUCCAGCUUUUUAAACAAUUUGAUACUGUUGAAGAUCACUCAGACCAUCACUAUUCUGGUCAUGGUUCCUCCAUGAAGCAGUCAUCAAAGAAUUGGGCAAAGAGGAUUCAGGAGGAGUGGAAGAUCCUGGAGAAGGAUUUGCCUGAUACAAUAUUUGUUAGGGUUUACGAAACAAGGAUGGAUCUUCUGCGGGCUGUCAUCAUUGGAGCGGAAGGCACUCCCUACCACGAUGGUCUAUUCUUCUUUGAUGUCUUCUUCCCCAGUGGCUAUCCUAAUGUACCACCGCAUGUCUACUACCACUCUGGUGGCCUUCGACUGAAUCCUAAUUUGUACAAUUGCGGGAAAGUAUGCCUCAGUCUUCUUAACACAUGGGCUGGAAACAAGAAUGAGAAGUGGAUACCGGGUGUCUCAACUAUACUACAAGUUCUUGUCUCGAUACAAGGGUUGAUCUUGAAUGCAAAGCCCUAUUUUAAUGAGCCUGGAUAUGCACAUAUGAGUGGCUCAGCCUCUGGUGAAAUGAAGUCCCAGCAUUACAAUGAGGAAGUGUUUAUUCUCUCAUUGAGGACAAUGAUUUACACAAUGAGGAGGCCACCAAAGCCUUUUUUGGUCUUUGUUCUGGGACAUUUCUGCAAUCGCGCGCACGAUAUUCUGGUGGCAUGUAAAGCAUAUAUGGAUGGUGCUCAAGUAGGAUGCUUGGUCAAAGGUGGGGUGCAGGACGUUGAUGUUAGCGACAAGAGCUGCUCAAGAGGGUUUAAGAGUAUUUUGGCCGGGUAUGUGGAUAUGCUUGUGAAAGCAUUUAUCAAAAUCGGGGCCGAGGACUGUGAGAAAUUCCUUUCAACUGCAAUGAAUGGGAACAAGCAGGAGUCUGACAUGCCCAAGGCUGCAGCACGAGCCUUUUCUUUGUGAAAGACUAAUUGAGACGUGAAACAAACUGUCUUACAUCCAUGACAUGCGACUUAGGCUUCUGAUUUUAUUUUGAAGACUAUAGAGUUAAAUUAAAGAGUACCUACAUUCGUACCUUUGGGUUGAGGACAUAAUUUUGGGUGCUGUAUAUAGCUGCAGAUAUGGAUGGGCUUACAGAGACGGACUAAUUAAAUUGGGAUGAAGCCGGAUUCCCCUGUAAGUUACUUAUAGAUCUCGGUUUUCAUCUUGAAUAGACUUCAAUCCUCAACUUCUUAUAUUUUAUACCCCGAGGGUACACUUAAAAGAUCAUGGACAUACUUCUAGAUAUGGAUGGGAUCAUUAAAGCAGUCCAAUUCUUAA